UUUUAGUCGGGAGCAGCUUGCCUCGGGUCAGAUAGCGUGAUCCCUCCUGCCGCAUCUCCUCCAACUUCCCCUUGCGUGCGCGAAACAAAACAAAGCCAUCAGACAACUGCCAUCGCCACCAGGCCUUUGCACCGCUGACAGCCAUCCGCCUUGACGCGCAGCGACACAUUUCGCGACACCCCGAUUGCAUCGGCCAUCAACCAUCGCUGUCGCACCCGAAAAUACCGCCCCAUCUUCGGCGACGCUGGGCUGACCAGUCCAACCCUCUGCCUGCGAUGCGUCUCUAGCGCGGGAGCCAAUUCGACAUGGCCUUCAACUUCAACUGGUCGCCUCUGACGGCUGACGCGGGCUUUUACAAGCGCGCCCGCGAUCUCCUGACGACGGCCCUGAACAAGUCGCCGAAACCGCCCAUCAUCGUUGAUGACAUUAUCGUGACCGAGUUCAAUCUCGGCUCCGUUCCGCCCGACCUGGAGAUACUUGAAAUUGGCGACCUGGCUGAGGAUCGCUUCCGAGGGAUAUUCAAGAUGUGUUACUCCGGGGACGCUUUCUUGACGCUCAAGACACGAGUACAGGCGAACCCCCUGAACACAUAUCUCUCAGGGAAACCAGCUUUCACGUCUCCGCAGCCACUGGCGGCGGCGUCGAGCCUCACCAUACCGCUGCAGAUCACCUUGUCCGAGAUUAAGCUCUCGGCCUUCAUCAUCCUGGUCUUCUCCAAGCAGAAGGGGCUGACCAUCGUCUUCCGCAAUGAUCCUCUCGAGUCCCUCAAGGUCUCGUCGACCUUCGACUCGAUCCAGUUUGUCCGUGACUACCUGCAGAGGACAAUCGAGGGCAAGCUGCGGGACUUGAUGAUGGACGAGCUGCCUGCUAUUAUCCACCGGCUCUCGCUCCAGCUCUGGUGCCCGGAUCAGAUGGCCAAGGAGGAUGAAGAGCCAAAAGAGGCCGAUGAGCACGGUGUGAAUCCCCUCGCCACGCCGCCACUAGACGCGGUGGAUGCGCAUGGGCGUCUGCUCGACCCCGCUGCCAUAUCCGAGCUGUCCCUCGACGGAGGCCCGGAAGCGCAGCUGCUGUUCUCGCAGAAGACGCUCUAUCGGCUGUGUGGCCUCACAACUUCUCAGGUGACAUCCUCACUGGACACCUCUGGUCCCCGGGACGUUCUGUUCCGAGCCUGGGCCGGCCUAUCAGACAAGGCGGACGCAGCAGGAACUCCUCCAUUAUCAACGCCGAACCUGGUGAGGUCGCCGUCUUACACAAAUGCUCAUACCUACACGUUCUCGGACAGCGGUAGCCAAGAUCACGGGUCUCUCCCGUCGAGGCCGUCCUUGAUGCACCUCAACUCGGCCACCGCCGGUUUGUCACUGGGCUCGGGCCGGCACAGCAAGACCGGCCGAAAAAAGAAGACUCGUGUGGUCAACCUUCGCCGCAAGGUUGAAAGCGAGGUCGGUAGUGAGCGGGGAGACGAGAGCUCUGAGACCGCCUCCGUCGCUGCUCCCAUGUCUGAGCCCGCCAUGCCUCACCCGAUUCUGGAAGUACCAGAAGAGGACCCCCUGUCGAGCAAGGUGCGCUUCAGCCGAUCGGCCGACCUCCAACAGCAGUCCCGAAGGCCAUCCAUCCGAUCUGAGGCGCCCAAGGCCCCGGAGGUGCAGCUCCAGGCUGCCGAGGCUACCGGUUCCUCUGCUGCUACUCAAUUCCCUACUCAGCUGUCUGAGAAGAAGGGAUCCCAGGAAGUCGCGAAGGGAACGGCCUCCGUCGACAGCAAAGCGGACUGGCGCCGGUCGGGGCCCAUGUCGGAUACGUCGUCCGUCAUCCUGGAGCAGGCCUGGAUCAUGAAGAUGGCUGGCGAGAUCGCGCGCCGCGUGUACGAUGAGAAGAAGCGGAAUCCCUCGUUCUGGGACGACCGCGACGACACGCCGCCGCCGGCGUACGAGGCACGGUGAUUUGCCGCCGUGUGUAAUACCUCACUCCACCCCCUUUCCUUUGUCGAUUUUCCUUGCUUUUUUUUUCUGGGGGCCAUUAUUUUAUUGGCGUUGGAGAGCGGCCCAAACAUACCACUUUAAUGGUUAAGCGGUUGCUGGGAACCUGGAGUUGGGCGGCGAAGGAAAACAAAAUGGUAGUCUUGAGGUUUGUUUUGCAGCAGUUGAGGAUAUCCUCCGGGUUUUAGAGGGUACGGA